AUUUCAAAUUAAGUUUUUUCUUCGUGUUUGUCUAGCUUUGGUGGUGACGGUAUGCUGCGACUCUUCGGACUUGAGUGAACUUAAGGGGUAUAAUAGGUGUCUUAAAGAAAGAUUGAAGUUUUUGGAGUCGAAAGUUGAAUCCACUUGCACUGAGAGUUCACAAUCAUUUCAACGUGUGUCAUUUAUGGCGAAGGCUUCACACAAUAUAAAACCCGUCAUAGGGACUCUCACUUUUGACAACGUUCUCACCAAUAAGGGAGGAGCCUACAACGGCAAGACUGGUAUCUUUACCGCCCCCGUAUCCGGAACAUACUUCUUCGUGGUCACCGUGAGUAUGCCAACCCCAUCCCCCGCAAAUGGUAAGGACUACGUACAGAUGGAUAUUAUGAAGAACGGCAAAUCAUCCGGGUACUUGUUUAUCGGGACUCAAGGAUUAUGGAUCAAAAGAUCGGAAAAUACUUUAGUGGAGCUCUCAAAGGGGGACAAAGUAAACCUGAAAGUCAGAACCACGGGAAGUGGGUUUUCCAACAUUGCUGGAUACUAUUAUCACUCUCACUUCUCAGGAUUUUUAAUCAAUUGAAGCAUUUUUAUUUGUAUUAAUUGAAUAAAA